UCUGCAUUAUAAUGUUGCUGUGGUCAGCAUCGAGAAAUUUCGCUGUACUCGGACAGAAAAUAUCGACAAUAAUGUGAAAACUGGCACUCUUUCGGAGGCAAUAGCCAUAGGGCGCGUUUAUGAAUCAGGCAAAUUAAUGGCUGCAAGUGGGACAUUGUUUGACAAAAAGAGGGAACUUGAAUGCGAUGAUCUUAAGAUCUCCACUUGUGAAAUCUCCAAGGCUGGGAUUGGAGGGCCUCUUAUUGACUUCAAUGGGAACUUUAUUGGUAUGAACUUCUAUGGCUUGGAAGAAACUCCAUACAUGCCAAAGGAUAUAAUUUUGAAACUUCUGACGAAUUUUGAUGCAGAAGGGACUGUUGACGCUGAUUUUACUGAAGUCCCUAACCCAAACAGGUGGCAUGUGCCUAAGCCGUAUUGGCGUUAUCCGUCAUGGCAUGACGAGCUGGAGGAGGUAGACAUAUUGGAAUUAUUUGAGGAAGAAUUUGAUUAA